ACGGACAAAUGGGGGCCCAUAACAAACUGGUCACUAAUGUGCAUGUUUCCCUGAGCAACCAAAACGAAUGGACUUUUCACAGCUGGUGAAAAAGUUCUUUGUGGGGUGACCCCCGAAAUGCUUUGACUCGCUGGCAGGCUGUGAUGAGUCUCAGCCCAUAAAACUCCAUGGCCAGCUGAGUCUGAAGUAUCUUGGCAUGAAGGCUCUGGGGUCUGCUGCAACAGCACUUUGCACCCCAACAGUGGCACCUCUCAGCCUCCUUCUGCUGUAGUUCAGCCACCUUGGUGAGAAGGCCACCCACCUGGUGUGGAGAAUGGAGCACCAGCCGCUGCUGAAAGGUGAUGGACAGCCUAGCAAGCUCCCAACUUGGACGCUCCUUUUGGCUGUUUGUGCGGCAGGAAUCGGAGGCACCUUUCAAUAUGGGUACAAUGUUUCGGUCAUCAAUGCACCCACGCAGCACAUCCACAAGUUCCUCAAUGACACCUGGCAGAGGCGUUACCAGGCAGAGCUCAGUUCCAGCAUGCUGACACUCCUCUGGUCCACCAUUGCUUCCAUUUUCUCUCUGGGAGGGCUCUUUGGGGCUCACCUGGGAGGCAGCCUGGCCAUCCGCCUGGGCAGGAAAGGAGCUCUUUUAAUGAACAACUUUAUUGCCAUCCUGGCCGCCAUCCUCAUGGGAAUUAGCUUUCCAGCUGGAUUGUAUGAAUUGCUGAUUGUUGGGAGAUUUCUGAUUGGUAUGAACACAGGCAUCGGCCUCUGUGUGCAGCCUCUCUACAUAGGCGAGGCUGCCCCUAAGCAUUUGCGAGGCGCUAUGGUCAUGGGCAGCUCCAUCUUCCUGACAGGGGGGAUUCUAACAGGACAGGUUAUUGGCUUAAGGGAGUUACUUGGCGGAGAGGCCUACUGGCAUUUCCUGCUCUCAAGCAGCUGCUUCCCAGCCUUCAUCCAACUCUUGACCCUACCCUGGUUUCCAGAAAGUCCCCGGUUUCUCUUCAUUGACCGAGGGGAUGAGAUGAAAUGCAUCAAAGCAAUGAAACGGUUCCAUGGCCCUUUGAACUACCAGGCAGAAAUGGAGGACAUCCAGAAGGAGCGUUUUGCGCUUGGUGGUGAGGCAGCCAAGAAACCCUGGCAACUCUUCACUGACCGCAGCAUUCGAUGGCAGCUCAUCACCAUCAUCCUCUUGACAAUGGGCCAGCAGCUCAGCGGGAUCAAUGCGAUUUACUUCUAUGCAAGCUAUGUAUUUGAGGAAGCUGGGAUCCCCCGAGAAAACAUUCCUUACGUGACCCUUGGCACUGGGGCUUGCGAGUGCCUCACUGCCCUCACCUGUGGCUUGCUCAUUGAGUCUAUGGGGAGAAGGGUCCUGAUCCUGGGAGGCUACUCCCUGAUGACCUUCUGGUGCAUAGUGCUGACUUUUUCCCUGACGUACCAGGUGUACUCGUGGGCUCCCUACCUGAGCAUGGCCUGCAUAUUUGCCUUCAUUUUGAGUUUUGGGCUUGGACCAGGUGGGGUGACGAACACUUUGACCACAGAAUUAUUCACCCAGUCUUCGCGCCCAGCUGCUUACAUGAUUGCAGGCUCGGUGAGCUGGCUCAGCUUCUUCACUAUCGGGAUGCUCUUCCCCUUCAUUGUGAAAGGCCUCAAGCAGUACUGCUUCAUUGUGUUUUUGCUAGAAUGCUGCUUGGUUGUCAUUUUCAUCUCCUUUGUUAUUCCUGAGACAAAGAACAAAACCUUCCUGGAAAUUAAGAGAGAGUUCCACAAGCUCAACUUUGGCAGAACCAAGGAACAAGAGGGAGAACUCUGUGAGAGACAAAACCUUAGCAAUGAGUUCUAAAGGGUGGGACAUAGCUGUGAGGCGCAGGACCUUGCCAGCUGUGCCAGGGAACGUUCACGCCAACCGUUGCUCCCCAACACUAGCAACCCCACCCCCCGCUGGAUACAGAGAAGCAGGCUGUUCUUGCUGUCAGGACUUUGUUCUCCCCCCCCCCCCGUCCCUCCUUAAACACAUUUUGUAUCCUGCACGAGGACUCAGUUCAAUAAAGUCAGCUGUUCAUCUAA